UCUGUCGGUAUUGUUGGUACCCACGGAUGUCUAGUUGUCAAAUAGUAAAGUCGACAGUCGUAGCCGUCAACUUGCUGCCCGCUGGCACUCGUUGGUUACCUGCGAAAGUGACAAGUUGUCGUGAGUUUGGUAAAAUAAAAGUGAAGACAAGUAAAAGAGUAUGGCAUCAAAAUUAAUUUUGGGAGUGCGCUUAACUCCUCAAUCGUUCACUACAGUUAAACUCGAUCACGUCAACCUUGACAACAAAGUUGAACACCUAAAGACAGAAGCUGCACUAAAAGUUAACCUCCCGAAAGAAUGUCUUGAACUAAUUUACUGCGGAUGCAUUUUGGAGGAUGAUGCUACCUUGGCAUCGUGUGGAUUAAAAUCUGGAGUUAUGAUUCAUGUACUGAAGAAAAAAGAACCAGAAGUUCUUGUUCCUGCUAAACCCAUUUCCGAAGCUAGCGUUUUACACCUUGCUUCUGCCUUUCGAUCAUUCAAUGUCAAUCCUGCUCUGCGCAGUGCUCUGCAUCGACUGAGCAAACGACCUGAAGUUAUUGAAAAUAUAAUUUCAUCAUCACCAGGAUUAAGUGACGAUUCAGUGGCUAUCGCUAUGCUUCAAGAUCCAGACCUAAUGGCUCACUUUACCGAUCCAGAUACUGUUAGAAGAAUAGCAGAACUACACCCUUGUCUGGUCGAAGCCGCUCAGCAUAUUGCUGCUGCGGUACAUGAAGAAGCUCACAGUAAUUCGGCAGGAACUUCAAAUGCAUCAACAUCGUCAACCCAUCACACUGCCUAUUCCUACAGUCUCGACAAUAUGAGCGACGAUGAGGAAAUGGCAGGGGAUUCUUCUCAAUCGUCAGAUUCUGCCCAGCCGACAGGCCUAUCCAGGAACCAAUCCAACUCGGCUAUUACAACUGCACAACUGGCUGCUGCUUUGGUCAGAGCUGGAGCUCGAGGCUUUCCUCUUUCAAGUUCCUCAUCUACGUCUGGCGGUGGUUCAUCUACUAGAGUAAUAACAACGGAAAUGUUUUCCCAAGCCAUGCAGCAUGCCUUUUCUUCUGGUCCUACGCAACCUCUUAUACCGCCCUUACCUCCAGUUCUUCCUCAGCCAUCGGAAUUGCAAACACAACUUACUCAGAUGCAUGAAAUGGGCCUUCAAGAUGACACCGUCAAUGUUCAGGCACUACAAUUCACCAACGGAGAUGUACAAGCUGCUAUAGAAUUGGUAUUUAGUGGGUUUAGUGACACUUAAAGAUAGUAUUUUAUUCGUGUCUUAUUACAAUUUACUACUGUGCAUAGCAGGUUACUACAUCACAUCAAUUGCUAUGCAAAAUUCAAAACUGCCGGCCCGCGUUUCUUUUGUUCUCAUAAAGUAGGAACUAAGUUGAACAUUUUCCUGGCAGCAAAUAAAUCGAACUCACUUUAUUCUUUUACCUCAUACGCCUUUGCAAAUAUCUAAACUAUUUGAUGUGCAGAUGAAUAAAAGUAAUAAAUAAUUCA